GUUGGCAGUCCAGUCCGCCCGCUCGCCGUCGUCCUCGCCAUCCUCAAACCCCGAGACUCUGCUCGAACUGCCCCUGAUCCUCUCGCGUUGUUCGGUCUUGUCUUUUCGCGCAGCGCUUCAUUUCGGUGCGAUAUAGAUCAAAGUAUCGCCAACACUGCAAGUCCUCGCUUCGCCCCUUCACGGCACUGUAUAAGCAAGUUCGACUCUCUUUCGAUUCCAUAGACCUCAACCUCCCGGAGAGCCAUGCAAACGAUCAAGUGUGUUGUUGUAGGAGAUGGUGCGGUCGGCAAGACGUGUCUGUUGAUCUCGUACACGACCAACAAGUUCCCCAGCGAAUAUGUCCCGACCGUGUUCGACAACUAUGCUGUCACGGUUAUGAUCGGUGACGACCCCUACACCCUCGGACUGUUCGACACUGCAGGUCAGGAGGAUUACGAUCGUCUGCGUCCACUAUCAUACCCCCAGACGGACGUCUUCCUUGUCUGCUUCAGUGUGACGUCCCCUGCAUCGUUCGAGAACGUAAAGGAGAAGUGGUUCCCGGAAGUGCGCCAUCACUGCCCCGGUGUCCCGUGCCUUAUUGUCGGCACCCAAAUCGAUCUUCGGGACGACCCUCAGGUUCUGGAGAAGCUCGCGAGGCAGAAACAACGGCCGGUCACGCCUGAUCAGGGUGAGCGGCUCGCCCGGGAGUUGGGAGCGGUGAAGUACGUGGAGUGCUCUGCGCUGACGCAGAAGGGCCUGAAGAACGUGUUCGACGAGGCGAUCGUGGCUGCGCUCGAGCCACCUGUCGUCAAGAAGAAGAACAAGUGCAUCAUCCUCUAGUGUACUCUGGGAUGGAAGCUACCGGCGAUGCCCGCUUGCGUCGCUCUGGGGGCGCGUCGUCAUCCUUUUUUCACGACCGACCAACGUUCUUCACUUCAAAUUACGACCCUUUGCCCCUCCAUGAUGAUAUAUCUUUCUUACGCUCCCGCCUCCCAUCUACCGUGACCGCCACAUAAAUACACAUCGCGCGCAUCCCUCCCUUCCCGCCUCUAGUUCCCGAGCUCGUUCACCGCCACUACCUACACCCUUGUGCUUGGGCUUUGUGCGAGCGCGCGCGACGUCUGAGCGGCUUGCUCCGAGCCCGUUCGUUUUCUUCUGUCUUAUUUCAAUGUCUGUAGUUCAUAUUGUCUGGAAUUGGGUACAUGGGGGGAUCUAAUACCCGUGCGCUAGAAGGGGUCCCGCAUCCCAACUUCGAGCCUCAUUCGUGUUUGCUGAAGCACGUCGAUUCACCCCAGCACGGAGCACUACCAAGCGUCGUUUGUCUACUACGCCGAACCUCCUUCGAACCGGAAUACCUCCUCCAAUUCCUGCC